GACUUAAACCCGGACUGUAGUCUUGUUAAGUUCGUCCUCCCGUCCGUUCUCGGAUGAGAUGACGACGAGACCGCCACCGCAGCUCAGCCCCACAACAACCCGACUCCUCUCUCUCCUAACCAACUGCUCCUCCGCUUCUCACAUCCCGCAAAUCCAAACCCAACUCAUCCUCCUCAACCGCCACUCGGACACCGCCGUCGCUUCCCGCUUCAUCGCCGCCUGCCAAUCCCUCCGCCGCCUGGAUAUAGCCCACCGCCACUUCCUAACGCAAAUCCCCAAACCCCAUGUUUUCAUCUGCAACUCUCUCAUCAGAGCCUUCUCUCACACCCACACCCCUCAAGUCCCUUUCUCUAUCUACACCCACAUGCACAAAAGCUCCAUUCUUCCCAACAACUUCACCUUCCCUUUCCUACUGAAGUCGAUCGCCGAUUCCCGGGACUUCAUAAAUGGGCAAUGCCUGCAUACCCAUGUCGUGAAAUUGGGUCAUCUCUAUGAUAUUUAUGUGCAGAACUCGUUGUUGAAUCUGUAUGCGUCGUCCUCCGGCCGAAUGGAGUUAUGUCGAAAGGUGUUUGAUGAAAUGCCUCAAAGAGACGUUGUGUCAUGGACGGUUUUAAUUAUGGGGUACCGGAAUGCCGGGAAUUAUGACGAUGCUUUGAUUGCUUUUGAACAGAUGCAGUUUGCUGGUGUGGUGCCAAACCAUGUGACAAUGGUGAAUGCUUUGGCGGCGUGUGCGAAUUUUGGGGCCCUUGAGAUGGGGGUUUGGAUACAUGACUUUAUAAGGAGGAGUGGAUGGGAAUUGGAUGUGAUCUUGGGAACUUCUUUGAUUGACAUGUAUGGAAAAUGUGGUAGGAUCGAAGAGGGAUUGGCGGUUUUCAAUAGCAUGAAAGAGAAGAACACAUUUUCUUGGAAUGCUCUUAUUAAAGGGCUAGCUGUUGCUAAAUAUGGUAAGGAGACAGUUGAGUGGUUUGAGAGGAUGGAACAAGAAGGGAUCAGAAUAGACGAAGUCACUUUGGUUUCGGUUUUAAGUGCUUGCAGUCACUCGGGGUUGGUUGAUAUGGGCAGGCAGAUUUUUCGUUCCUUGAGUGAUGGAAAAUAUGGAUUUUUGCCCGGGGUCAAACACUAUGCUUGUAUGAUUGACCUCUUAGCACGUUCGGGAUGUCUCGAAGAUGCUUUGAAAUGCUUGAGAGAAAUGCCUUUUGAGCCUACUAUAACUAUAUGGGGGUCGUUGUUGGGCGGUGCUAAAACUCAUGGGAAUUUGGAAUUGAGCGAGUUUGCAGCUUGGAAGCUUGUUGAACUGGAUCCAGGGAAUAGUGGUUACUAUGUUUUGCUGUCUAAUUUUUAUGCAGAGAUGGGAAGAUGGGAUGAUGUUGAGAAAGUGAGGGGGAUGAUGAAACAGAGAGAUCUUAAGAAAGACCUGGGGUGUAGUUCCGUGGAAUUCGAGCGCCCGGACAAAGUUAGUCAACUAUUAGCACGAUAAGUCAGAUCGUAUUUACAAUUCUUUCAAUAGAGGCCUAGUUAUCUUUUCGAAUCUCAGUUAAAGUCAGUUGAGAUCAAAUUACUUGCUGUGAUAUGCGCUACCCAUGCGCUAACAUGGGGGCGAGAUUCAAACAUCUUCUUCGAUUGUGUUCCCAUCAAGGAAUGUAUGGUUUGAAGGUGGUGAAGAUCUGCCAAAGUGAAGCUUUCACCCGCCAAGUACUUCGAUUGAGCCAGGCGUGUCUCAUAAACAUCAAGAACCAGAGCCAACUUGGCUUCUUAUUCCUCCACAACUGCCGCGUCUGUGGUCAUUUUAAGCAGAGGCUUUGUAGCUAGCUCAUAGGUCAGUUUCGAGGCUGCUAGGUCGAACUUUUGGCCCUCCACCUCCGGCCACAAUGAUAGAACUGCCAUCUUAUUCGAGUCUCGGAUCACCAGCGGGGUUCCCUUGGCAGCAUACUCGUGGGCAAUGUAUUGUCUUGUUGCUCUUGUUUCUGCAUAUCAGAAGCCGCACGGCUUAUCUUAUAUGCACAAAUUCAUGUUUCAUAUAUGAUGUGUGUCAAUUUGAUGUGAGGACUACAACUGCGAUGCUGUAUUCCAAGCCGAUCACGAACUGGCUUGUAUUUUAACUUCUUUUCACAUGAAAGUGUUUGAUUGGCUUGAAGAACCGUUUUUCAA